CACACACACAAAUGAAACAGAAAGUAUUAUUUCACUUUUUGACUCGACGAUAUCUCGGCCAUUUCCACUACUUAUCAAAUCUUCAUUAAAUACUUAAAAGAAAAUCAGAAAUAUGCUCUUCAUCAGACAGGAACACAUCAUGAGAUGUUUUCUGGUUCUCUUCUGGCUGAUCAGUUUACUGCCCGUCUCAGAUCAAGGAAAAUAUCAUCUUGCUGUUCCUGAAGAGCCAAUAAAGGCACAAGUGGGAUCCAACGUUGUUCUACCAUGUCUUGUGAAGCCCCCAGUUAACGUGAGAGGCGCUACAGUCGAGUGGAUGUUCGACUCCAGUAAAACUGUUCACUUGUUUCGCAGUGGAGAUGAUCACCGAGAAUCUCAAGACGACAGAUACAAAGAUCGAACUUAUCUCAACCAUGCAAUGCUUGAACAUGGUGACGUUUCCCUCAAGUUGUCCAACGUAACUAAGAACGAUGAAGGGAUUUACACCUGCUUUGUUCACCGUCUGCCUGAUCAUAAUAAGCCAGAAAAGAGACAUGUUACUCUGAUUGUUGAUGAUGGAAAAGAAAAUGAAAACCCAGACAAACAUUCUGGAGGUAAAUAUCUUAACAACUGAUAAUCAGAUGUUUCUGGCACAGCGACUGUGACUCAGUGGAUACAGUUGUUGUCUUCCUGUUUCCCCUGAUCACAUGUUGAUGUGCCCUUGGGCAAGUCAGAUAACUCCUAAAUACCUAUUGAUCUGCAUAUAG